CUCUGCCUCGCGCAGAGACAAGAUUUAAGUCUCCCAUGCAACCUCUUUCGCUCUUGGCCAGACGCACUCUACCUCCGUCCAUACCCGCGGCAGGCCGAAUCAAGACAUUAUCCCGACACUUUGCGCAAACAUCGCUCGCCAUGGCCCCAAUUUCCAAGGAGACCGACUUCCUCGUCAUAGGAGGCGGCAGCGGAGGUCUCGGCGCCGCUCGUGCAGCCAGCGCGAGAUACGGGGCCAAGGCCAUGGUCAUUGAGGGCAAGCGGCUAGGAGGGACAUGCGUCAACGUGGGUUGCGUUCCCAAGAAGGUCACCUUCAACGCCGCCGCGAUCGCCGAGGCGCUUCACGACGCCAAGUCGUACGGCUUCAACGUGCAAGAAACCGCCCCCUUUGACUGGACCACAUUCAAGCAGAAGCGCGACGCCUACGUCCUGCGACUAAACGGCAUCUACGAGCGCAACCUGGCCAACGACAAGGUCGAAUAUGUGCACGGCUGGGCCAAGCUUCUCUCGCGCAACGAGGUCGAAGUGACGCUCGACGAUGGCACCAAGACCGUCGUCAAUGCCAAGAAGAUCCUCAUCGCCGUGGGCGGGAACCCGACCAUCCCGCCUCAGAUCCCCGGGGCCGAAUAUGGCACCAACAGCGACGGCUUCUUCGACAUCGACACGCUGCCAAAGAAGGUGGCCCUCGUCGGCGCCGGGUACAUUGCCGUCGAGUUUGCGGGCAUGUUCAACGCGCUCGGCGUCGAGACACACCUGUUCAUCCGUUACGACACCUUCCUGCGGCACUUUGAUCCCAUGAUCCAGGAGGGUGUGACCAAGGAGUACGAGCGCCUCGGAGUCAAGGUGCAUAAGCGAAGCCAGGCCAAGAAGGUGGAGAAGGACGAGAAGACGGGCAAGCUCACGAUCCACUACAAGGAGGGGGACGACGAGGGCGUCGUUUCCGACGUUGACCACCUCAUCUGGGCCAUCGGGCGCACCCCCGCGACGGCGGGCCUCGGAUUGGAGUCCGCUGGCGUCAAGGUCGACGAGAAGGGCCACGUGGUCGUGGACGAAUACCAAAACACAACGGUCGACGGCAUCUAUGCGCUCGGCGACGUGACGGGCCGGUGGGAGCUCACGCCGGUGGCCAUCGCGGCGGGCCGGAGGCUCGCUGCGCGCCUCUUUGGCCCGGAGCAGUUCAGGACAGCAAAGCUCGACUACACGAACAUCCCCUCUGUUGUCUUUGCGCACCCCGAGGUUGGCGCGAUCGGCCUGACGGAGCCGGAGGCGAUCGAGAAGUACGGGCGUGAGAACGUCAAGGUCUACAAGACCAAUUUCACCGCCCUGUACUACGCCAUGAUGGAUCCCGAGGAGAAGGCCCCUACGGCGUACAAGCUCGUCUGCGUCGGCCCGGAGGAGAAGGUGGUCGGUCUGCACAUCAUGGGUCUCGGCAGCGGCGAGAUUCUGCAGGGCUUCGGCGUUGCCGUCAAGAUGGGGGCUACCAAGGCUGACUUUGACAACUGUGUGGCCAUCCACCCGACGAGCGCGGAGGAGUUGGUGACGCUGAAAUAGAAGGCGUCUGUUGAGCCUCGAAGCUGGGAGAUAACCCAUCUGGUACACAAAGUAAUAAUAGACUUGGUAAUUUGAGAAU